AUGCCUGAGCUCUACCACCUGAGCUUCCAGGAACAUGAAGGAGAUACUCUUCACUGGGCUGCGACGCAUGGUCACAGCCAGAUUGUGCAAUCCUUCCUCAUGGCCAAUGACCAUCUAGGACCAAACUUAUUAUUGCCCCAUAUGAACCGUGCACUUUCACUGUCAGCACAAUAUGGACAGAUAAGUGUUGUGAAAGCUCUCUUGUCUAUGGAAGGCGUCGAUCCAGAUAACAAAUCGAGUACACCCGAACGCACGCCGUUGUCAUACGCUGCGCAAGGGGCAUACGUCGAUAUCGUCAGAUGCUUAUUGGAAACAAACCGUGUCGACCCGAACUCAAAGGACCGAACAUACGGUCACUCGCCACUGAUCUGGGCAAUGCGAUACCCCUCGGUUGAAUCUGGUUUGAAACCUGAAAUGGCACCUGGUGCAAUAAGGCUUGCACAGGACCGGUCCAUUCCUGUCAUACAAUUGCUACUUAACAACGGUGCCAAUAUCGAGUUCAUGGGUUACGAUUGUCGAAAUGCCCUUUACUGGGCCACUGCGGGGGGUUUUGGCUCGAGCACCAUAGUCCGACUGCUUCUGCAACAAGGCGCACGGCCGGACGGCCAUGUGGAUGAGAAACAGCGAGUGAUGGUGAAUUCAAGACAACGGUCCAGAAUGAAGCGGUGGGACGAACAUCCAUUUUUGAUUAAGGGAAUCUACCUCCCUUUAUCAUUUGCGGCUUGGGCAGGGUACGAUGAGGUUGUUCGGGAUCUGCUAGAAUUCAAUGCGGAUAUUGAUUGUACGAAUAUCUCCAGUAUAAUUAUGAAUCGCCAUCCUCUUACCUGUGCUGCGGAGAAAGGUCAUUUAUCGACCGUCCGCCUUCUCAUAGAGCGAGGGGCGUGUUACCAGUCCCCAGGAUGUCCUCUCCUCUGCGCAACAAGGAACGGUCAUGCGGAAAUGGUCCAGCUCUUGUUAGAUGAGAUGAUGCACCAUAACUCCCUAAUUACAAGCGAGGGACAGAGAGACGAAGAUAAGGCAGGAAUAAGGGUAUGCACUCGAAAUGGACGCAAGCACAGCCCCGGUAAUCAGGCCAUGUUGGCCUUGCCAGAGGCUGUGAGAUUUGGGAAUGUAGAAGUUGUCAAGUUACUUCUUGCUGUCCCAGGAGUCGAUAUCACCGAUGAACUUCUACAGGGGUCAAAUACGCCAUUGAUGAUUGCAGUACGAUCUAAACCGCCAAUUAUUCAGAUGAUCAAGGUUCUUCUGGCUGUCGAAGGGGCUGGAAUCAGGAUUAACGAACCUCAAGACCUGGAGGGAAAUACUGUGUUUGACUGGGCUCAUCACAACGAAUGUGGUGAAGAAAUCCUUCAAUUACUCGUUGAUAAUGGGGCGCAGCGAACAAAGGAGCCACUUCGUGUUGCUUCAGUGGCUGCUCCACAGGAUUGGCAAACGGAGGCGCCACUAAUGACGCCUGGAGAUAGGACUAUUUUUUGA